UGUGGUCGGUGCGCGACUGGUUCUCUACCUGCGGACCGUGUCCCUCGCCUCGCUCACGCUCCUCUGUCGCCACAGGCUCCGUACGCACCCCUGCUGCCCCGGACGGGCCGGGGCGCGGAGGCGGUAGCAACCUUCCCUCUGCAGUCGUAGGACAUCUCUACGCCCCGUCCCGCGACUCUCCGGGAGACUGCCCUUCGCCACUUUCUCCCUGCCCAGGAAGCCCUGAAUCCCUGAAUUCCGUUUUCAGAGCCCACUCUCCGGGCUCUUGACCUUUCUUUUCCACCCACCCCGAGACGACUGCGCCGGACCCCUCAUCCCUUUUUCUUUCACUUUCCUGAGGCGACCUGGUGGGGGGCAUCUCCCUCACUGGUGGGGAAAGAAGCAUGGGGCCAGCAGGGGUCCUGGCGCCACCGGAGGAGGAGGCUGGAAGACAAGGCGCUCUCCCAGAUUCUUCAGCUUCUUCUAUGUAAUCAACUGCCCUUUUGGAAAUUGGUCAGGGAUUGUUGCUGGAUGCCGGUGUCACUGACAGGUCUUCAGCAUACCAUGCAGAAGUAACAUGUUCCCAGCUUUGGAAACAGAGCUAAAGCAGCAGACUCUUCCUGAGGCCUAUGAAGACUUCAUGUACCAUCACCUCCAGUACUAUGGCUACUUUAAAGGGCCUACCAGUCUAUCUUCAACUGUGCACAGACAGAUAGAAGCUGUGAGCAGAGGUAUUUCAUGUCCUUCCAGACCAGAAAACGGAAACUCCUAUUCCCUUAUGCUGAGUUCACCACUUCUUAAGAGCAGACAGCUUCUUCAUGAUGACCUUGGUGAAGUAAACUCACGUCUUCGAGAACCCCGAGAUCUCUUUGCUUUUUUCUCCAGCAGUGGGCCACUGCAGGCUCCAAGAUGGCCAAUAGAAUGUGAAGUCAUCAAGGAGAACAUUCAUCAUAUUGAAUGGGUUCCACCUCAACCAGAAUAUUUCUAUCAACCUACAGGAAAUGAAAAGGCACCAAAAAUUGUAGGAGAAGAAAAAGGCACAGUUGUCUAUCAGUUAGAUUCAGGUAUUGUCAUCACACUGAACAUGCCCACCGAAGAUUCCUAUUUCACCAGUUCCAGAGUGGGAGGCAAACCAGGGAUUAUCAAGGAACUGGCAGUCACGUUGCAAGGACCAGAAGAUGAUACUCUACUGUUUGAAUCAAGGUUUGAGAGUGGGAACCUGCAGAAAGCUACUAGAGUAAACACCUAUGAGUAUGAACUCACCUUGCGAACUGACCUCUACACGAAUAAGCACACUCAGUGGUUUUAUUUUCGAGUUCAGAACACCAGAAAAGAUGUCACCUAUCGCUUCACCAUCGUCAACCUCCUGAAACCCAAGAGCCUUUAUACUAUAGGGAUGAAGCCACUCAUGUAUUCCCAAUUGGAUGCCAGCACCCACAGCAUUGGCUGGAGGAGAGAAGGAAAUGAAAUCAGGUACUAUAGGAGCAACACGGAUGAUGGGCAGCAGCGCUUUUACUGUCUCACAUGGACCAUUCAGUUUCCACAUGACCAGGACACUUGCUUCUUUGCACACUUCUACCCAUAUACGUACUCUGACUUGCAGUGCUUCCUCCUGUCAGUGGCAAACAGCCCCGUCCAAUCUCAGUUCUGCAAACUCCGAACUUUAUGCAGGAGCCUUGCAGGAAACAUCGUCUACCUGCUCACCAUCACCAACCCAGCCCGGACCCCUCAAGAGGCAGCUGCAAAGAAAGCUGUGGUCUUGACUGCCAGAGUGCACCCUGGGGAAAGUAAUGGCUCUUGGAUUAUGAAAGGCUUUUUGGACUUCAUCCUUAGCAACUCCCCAGAUGCCCAGCUCCUCAGAGAUAUCUUUAUCUUCAAAGUGGUUCCCAUGUUAAAUCCAGACGGAGUGAUCGUGGGGAAUUAUCGUUGUUCAUUGGCUGGAAGGGACUUGAACAGGCAUUAUAAAACUAUUCUGGAGGAGUCUUUUCCUUGUAUCUGGCACACCAGGAACAUGAUCAAGAGACUUCUUGAAGAAAGGGAGGUUCUCUUGUAUUGUGAUAUCCACGGCCACAGCCGUAAGAGUAAUAUCUUCCUGUACGGCUGUAAUAACAAUGAUCACAAGUUCUGGCUUCACGAGCGAGUCUUUCCUUUAAUGUUAAGCAAAAAUGCUCCAGAUAAGUUCUCUUUCCAUAGUUGUAAUUUUAAAGUCCAAAAGUGCAAAGAAGGAACAGGACGAGUCGUGAUGUGGCGGAUGGGGAUCCUAAACAGCUAUACCAUGGAGUCUACCUUUGGUGGGUCCACCCUGGGCAAUAAAAGAGACACUCACUUUACCCUUGAGGAUCUAAAAUCCCUGGGUUAUCAUGUCUGUGACACCCUUCUGGAUUUCUGUGAUCCUGACAGAACCAAGUUCAUGCAGUGUCUAGCAGAGCUUAAAGAGCUCUUACAACAGGAGAUCCAUAAGAAAUUCAAAGAACUUGGACAAGAUAUGGAUUUAGAAGGAAGCUGGAGUGACAUCUCUUUGUCUGACAUUGAAUCCAGCACCAGUGGUUCUGACAGCUCCUUCUCAGAUGGUCUCCCUGUUCACCUACUGAACACAGCAGAUGAGUUGAAUCAGAAGAAGAAGAUGUAUAAGAAGAAAAAAAGGAAGCCACUUCAGUCUAGGAAACAGCGAAACAAACAGUAUCAGAAAAGUAAUUUGAUGCAGGAGUCAAAGUUAACAGAAGAUGCCCCAGAAGGGGCAGGGUUUGCUUCUACUCUGCAAAAGCAGCCUGCUUUUUUCAAAAAUUCAGAGAAUACCAGUUCUUCAAUGAUGAAAAAUGAAAAACCAAGGUUGAAUGAGUUAAAUGGAAGAGACAAAGGCACCUCCCUGGGCCCAUCAAAAAUGACCACCUUGAUUUUGACUAAGAAUAAAGAGAGAAUGCAGAGAGAGAAGCCAGGAUUUACAGUAUCAUGCUCUCCAAAGAGAAACACAAACCCCAGCCAAGAGCCAGCUCCAGAUACGAAGCCAAACUGGUCCAGGAACAGAUAUCCUGCCACAAAGGGAGGCCGUACGACUGCGGUGGUAUACCCAUCCUUGCACAUAUACACCUACCCAUAGGGUGCCUGGGCCAUGCCACACAGGCGCUUCCUUGCUGUGUUUUGGGUUAGACACAUUUUGUAACGAAGGGAUUUGUAUGCUAGGGAAUUACGUUCAUUUGUGGUAUUCUGUGUUGUGUGUUCAUCAUGCACUGUCCUCACCCCAGGUGCUUACACUGUGUUCAUGCUCUCAAGAUGCAUACCUCACAAACUAAAUUAUUUUUUCAUAAAAUGAAAUUUUAUUGUGAUGUAUCCAAAAGCUUCCCUUAUCAGAAAUUGAAGUGUGUACUCGUGAAACUACAACACAGAUAUACCUCAGUUUAACCAAUAGAUAUUCUCUCUAAAAUUAUGUGCAAAUCAAUUUUAAAAGUGCAAACUCUGUUUUAAACGUAUUCUGGGAGUUUACUAUGUUAAAAGUCUUGUGUCAAAGCUUUCUAGUGUUCAAUGAUUAGUCUGACUGGGGUAUAUCAGGUUUGCUCAGGGUGAGGUGUUCCCACAUAGAGAAAACAACUCAUGUACUACCUGGAAGUCAAUGUUGCAUAUAUUAUGUUCAGCAUUGUUAUGUGAGUUUUUUAACCCAUUGAUUAAAAUUCUUUCUCUCCCACAAAUUGUUCCCUUUGAUUGGUUAACUGCGUAAUCUUGUGUGAAUAGAUACUUUAGAUUUUCUAUCCCUCGCAAGCACCAAGCACCACCUGCUGGCUACAGCCUGCAUGUCAACGUGCAGGAGUCACGUUAAACAAGGGUCACUCCAGUUCG